AUGGCCAAGGAUAAGGUUUCACCCGUCCCGGACGAGGAGGUUCGCUCAACUGCCGCCACUAGCAAUGCCUCGUCAGGCACCAAGAGGAAGCGGGCCAAUGAGCCUAAGUUCUACGCCGUCAAGGACGGCCGCAAGCCUGGCGUCUACGCCAACUACAACGAUUGCCUAGAACAGGUCAAGGGCUUCAAGGGUGCCGUGUUCAAGUCCUUCCCCACCGCGGCCGAAGCCGAAGCCUUCAUUUCGGGCACCGCAAAGAAUGACAAGCCCGAGAAGUUCUAUGCCGUCCAGAGCGGUCGUGUCCCCGGCGUUUACACGGACUGGCCUUCGGCGCAGAAGCAAGUGACGGGUUGGACGCGCCCCAAGUACAAGGCAUUUCCUACGCGUGCCGAGGCGGAGGCUUUCGUAAAAGAUGGCAAGAAGGUCGGCGAGUCCGUCUCUGGUGUCGCCGUCGAGCCCGAUACCCAGUCCGAGGGUAAGAAGGCGGAACCACCUGCGAAGAAACAGAAGAAAGCUGCAGCGGCUGAGGAAGCAGCAACAGGAGAUUCAGGCAAAGUCGAAUGGAAGUCGGACGAGCAAAUGGCCGCAACGAAGCAGAUGCCCACCGGUGACUCCAAGGGCGGCAUGCUUAAGAUCUACACCGAUGGUAGCUCGCUAGGCAACGGCAAGAAGGGCUCGGUUGCUGGCGUGGGCGUCUUUUUCGGGCCCUUGGACAAGAGAAACGUUUCCGAAGGUCUCACUGGCGCCCGCCAGACCAACCAGCGCGCCGAGCUCACAGCCAUUCAGCGCGCGCUCGAUAUCGCGCCUCUCCAGCGCGAUGCAACCAUCUUCACAGACAGCAGCUACUCGAUCAACUGUGUGACGGUGUGGUUUGUGAACUGGCGCAAGAACAACUGGAUGACGGCCAGCAAAAAGCCCGUCGAGAACAAGGACCUCGUCGAGGCCAUCGUCGCCCGCAUCGAGGAACGCGAGAAGCUAGGCACCAAGACCAUCUUCACCUGGCUCAAGGGUCACGCCGACGACCCCGGUAACAUAGCGGCUGAUCAGUUGGCCGUUCAGGGCGCCAGGAACGCCCAGGCUGCGCUGAGAGAGGCGGCUUAG